GUGAUCUCCUGGAUACAACCACACACACACAAGUACCAGGCUCCGCUGCUCAGCUCAGCAAAAUGCCUCUCUCUUAGAAGUGGUGCUCUUCUCAGCUCUCGAAUCCUUGACGAUGUUGCCAUGCUUUCCUUUCUGCCUUCUGCCUCUUGCUCUCUUUGUCUGCCUGCUUUUCUUACCCGGGGGUCAUUUUUGCCCUGCUGUCUGUAGCUGUAUGGACUACCACACCAUAGAUUGCCGGGAUCAAGGACUCCCAAGUGUUCCUAAUCCAUUUCCGCUGGAUGUACGGAAACUGCUUAUAGCUGAUAACAACAUUCAGGCGAUCCCAGCCGAUUUCUUUAUCUUUUAUGGAGAUCUAGUCUAUUUGGACUUCAGGAACAACUCGCUCACCUCUUUAGAAGAGGGCACUUUUAGCAGUUCUACCAAACUGGUGUAUCUAGACUUAAGCUACAAUAAUUUAACACAGCUUGAUGCUGGGAUAUUCAAAUCAGCAGAAAAACUGAUCAAAUUGAGCCUUGGAAACAAUAACCUGGUGGAUGUGGACGAGGCUGCUUUUGAGAACCUGGAACAGCUCCAAGUGUUAGAAUUGAAUGACAAUAACUUACAGAGCCUCAAUGUGGCAGCCCUAGAAGCGCUGCCCUCCCUGCGGACUAUACGCUUAGAGGGCAACCCUUGGGUCUGUGACUGUGACUUUGCCAAUCUUUUCAGCUGGAUACAGGACAAUGCAUCUAAGCUCCAGAAAGGUCUCCAUGAAAUCCAGUGUUCCCUGCCUGUGGAAAACAGAAGAAUCUUUCUGAAUGAAUUAUCUGAGGUCAGCUUUAGUGAAUGCAAAUUUAGUUUGUCGUUGAUGGACCUUUUUAUCAUCAUCUUCUCUGGAGUAGCAGUCUCCAUUGCUGCUAUUCUGUCAAGCUUCUUCUUAGCAACUCUUGUGCACUGCUUCCAAAGAUGUGCUCCCAGUAAAGAUGACGAUGAUGAUGAAGACGACAGUGAGGACUGAACUUAGUCUGUGUACUUAAGUUUUUUUGAUUCAUAAAUUACUAAGUCAUCAGCCAAAGUCUAGGCAGAAAGCAAGCAGAGUAAAAAGCUUUAAAGAUGAAUUAAAUGAAAUCACAAUGUGUAAGGAUCUCUUCUAAUCUGAUGAUGGGCACAGGAAGGACCUGCAGCUUGCAGCACACACACACAACCUGAUGCAACCAGGCCUAUUAAUUCCUAUUGUUCUUAAUCAAACACUGCAUUUAAAAUUGAAGAUUGGAGGAAAAAGGGCAAAAGGCAUAAAGAAAGAGUUCCAGCACCUUAAAAGCUUUAGCUCGGAGCUUCCAGAUUGUCCUCUGGUGAGAUGCAGAUUCCAGUCUGUGCUUAACAUCUGGUUCCCAAUGCACUGUGAGAAGAACUGGCUAGAUGGAGGCAUUUCAGCUGGACAAUACAGAAGCUAUUACAGUGUCCUUCCUAGAUCCAAGUCAUGGGAGAUUCUACUAAGCUCACUCAAUUUUCUAAGUACCAAAAUGCAAUGAACAGAGUUCCUAGAAUUGUAGAAAGCACUAUAGGGAAGUUGGCAUUUCUGUUCUCUACAAACAUUCUCUAGAAAUAUUAAUCCACAUUUAAUCACAGCAGUUGCAGGCAUCCUUCAGCCCCCCCCAAAAGUCCCUUCUAUAAGCUCGAUAUGAUUCUAGGGCUGAGUCACCCACUGCAGCUGCCUGGCACCAAGUUGUCCUGGCACAAAUACUAAAUUAAGCAUUCUUUUGCAUUUUUAGAUGCCAUGAAGUAAAGGAUCUCCCUUCCCUGUAGUGCUAGGCCCAAGUAACUGAUGCAGCAUGCAGUCCAUUUAGUUACCUGAAAACACUAAGGGCUAUGUCCUGCUCCUAAUUAUACUGGAGUGACACAACUGAAGUGAACACAAGGAUCCAAACUGGCAAUUGUGUAGACAAGAGUGGAAUCUGGUCCGGGAUGUGUCUGACUGUAUUAUAGAUUUGACAAAACUUGAGCUCUUUUUCCAGUAGAUAUUUUUGUUAAAAUCAACAUAAAAAAAAGAGAAAAAAACCCAAUACAUUUAUUACAAGAGGUUUUUGGAAUAGUGCUGGACAGCUUUUUAGGAUAAGUCUAUUUUUAAAAUAUUUGUAAUGGAAAUAUUUUUUUAAAGCUCUGUGUAUUUGUUGUCUAGAGUAGCUGCAGGGGCUUAGAAUACCAUGGGCAUGAGUGACCCAAAGCCUGUGUGCUGCUGCAAAAGCAUUAGACCUGAGGAAAGGUAGCACCUAUUUAACUCCUGUCACUGCUGUCAUUUCUUAAAGAACACUCUUUGGUUACAAAUAUUGCCUUGCUCACUUGAUAGGAAUGAUCUUUUAUAGUCAAUUCCAAGACUCUUAUGCUAAUUGUUGAGGCAGACAGGACUGAAUGGCACUGGGUGUGCUACAAAGGGUGAUACUGCCCAGCAGGCAGGGUACAAGACUAGGAGCCAACUCCUGAGUGUUGUCCCCAUCUAACAACCAUCAGCAAGGAGACCCUUAGCCAGUCACUGUCUGUCUGUGCCUCAGCUUCACUACCUGGAAAAUGAAGAUCAUCAGAACUAUCUAUCUAUUUCAAGUGCUUUGAGAUAUGCAAGGGGUGGGGCAGCACUAUAUUUGGGGCUAUGUAUAAUGAUUAUAUAUGUUAGGCUGAAGCAGAUGCUAUGCAGUAGGUCUAAUCUGAUCUCACAGCAGUCUGGCCUCAUUGACCCCAGUGGAGUCACUCCAUCGUCUGACACUUUGCAAUGGAGCUUGCACCAUGCUGAGGUCAGAACUGGGACAGGAGUGUUUCUUUCUGUGAGCUCUACAGCUUGUCCAACACGACUUCAUGCUACUGUUGUUGAGGUUAUUGUUUCUGAGAGCACACUGGAACAGAAUCAAGGAGGACAGUGAGAGGAUUUUCUGUAUCAGUGCUGUCUUACUCUAUCCUGACAACAAAAUGACCUUCUGUUCACUGUGUAGUGCCAUGAUUAUAAGGAACACAAAUAUAUUUGUAAUUGCA